UUCAGAGAUAAACGGACGCGUCUGUUCGGCCCAGCGAAAUUGCAGUGUGGCCAAGCGUGCUUUUGAAAGCGCGAAACCCCCAGCGGAAACGAAAGCGAAACUGAAACUGCAAUUUGAAACUGUUUUGUGUGGAGUGUGUUCCCAGCUCCAGUUUCUCUUUUAAGAAUUUUUUUUCGAGUGUGUGUGAAGAAAACCAAAAGAACAAAGAUACCCAGAAAGAGUGCAAAAGCGAAAGAGAGAUAGCGAUAGAUAGAGAGGGAGAGAGAGAGAUAAGUUGAGAAGAAAGACGGAAAUGAAGCAUGCAACUUGUGUGCACAUCAAAGAAAGCAGCGGAAAUUAAAAUUUGCAUAUGCAAAGAGGUGGCCCAGUGCAGUCAACAGAGGCGGAGGCACAGCCAGUGGCCGUGACUGUGGCCCGGUGCCCCAAACAGUCAAUGACAAUGCGGCCAAUGAUGAUGCUGCUGCCGCCCCCAGACCCAAAAACCUGGCCCAAAGAAACCGAAAGCCACUCUCCGCUCUAAGCCAGCAAGCCAGAAGCAAGAAGCCAACCGCCCCGCCCGCCCAGGAAUAUAGACUCAAGUGCCAGAUCUCCAGAACACUAGACUCGUGCGCAAUCCAACCCACCAGACUGCAGACUGCAGCCUGCAGCUUGCAGCUUUCACCCAGAAGCUCCUCGACCUCCGGCUGCAAGUCACAGUCCCACACAAUCCACAGAGAUGCCGUCGCCCGGGCACACAUUUUGCUUCUCCUCAGCAGGAUUUAUCGCUUGCUCAGCAAUCGUUCUGCUUUGUAGUUCCGAGGUUCUAUCCAGCUGGGAGGAAUGGUGGACAUACGAUGGUAUAUCCGGACCCAGCUUCUGGGGCCUUAUCAAUCCACAGUGGAAUAUGUGCAACAAAGGACGACGCCAAUCGCCCAUCGAUGUGGUGCCCGACAAGCUGCUAUUCGAUCCCUACCUCCGACCGCUGCACAUCGACAAGCACAAGGUUUCCGGCACCCUGCACAACACGGGCCAAUCGCUCGUCUUUCGCGUCGACAAGGACACCAAGCAGCAUGUGAACAUAUCUGGCGGCCCCCUGGCCUAUCGCUAUCAGUUCGAGGAGAUCUACAUACACUAUGGCGUGGAUAACACCCGCGGCUCCGAGCACUUCAUCCAGGGCUACAGUUUUCCCGGCGAGAUUCAAAUCUAUGGCUUCAACAAGGAACUGUACCACAAUAUGUCCGAGGCCCAACACAAGUCGCAGGGCAUUGUGGGACUGUCGCUUAUGGUGCAGAUUGGUGAGACGCCCAAUCCGGAGCUGCGCAUCAUCACGAGCACUUUCAACAAGGUGCUCUAUCGAGGCUUCUCGACACCCAUCCGGCACAUAUCGGUGAGGUCGCUGCUGCCAAACACGGAUCAUUACAUCACCUACGAGGGCUCCACAACCCAUCCCGGCUGCUGGGAGAGCACCGUCUGGAUCAUAGUUAAUAAACCCAUCUAUAUCACCAAACAAGAGUUAUACCAACUCCGACGACUGAUGCAAGGCUCCGAGAGUACUCCAAAAGCUCCACUAGGUAAUAAUGCGCGACCCGUGCAAAGUUUACAUCAUAGAACCGUAAGAACGAAUAUAGAUUUUAAGCGGAACAAGAAUCAAUAUGCUUGCCCCUCGAUGUAUAAGGAUAUGUAUUAUCGGGCGAAUCGUUGGUCACCAGACACGGGACUCUUGAUACGUUGACAACAAGCUCCUCCAACAGCAACAACCGAUGCGGUCAGCGGGUCACUUUUGAUGUUUUUAUGUCGCAUUCAAUUUUCAUAUUCAUGUUUUUAAUACGAACUCGGCAUUCGUUUUGGCCUGCAAUAUUCCUACAACAAAAGCAGCAGCAACAGCAUAACAAUUUAUAUUAUUUAUUGCAUUAUUAUUAAUCAAAUAUGUAUGUAAAAGCCGCCGCCGCAGCAGUAGCAACAAUAUGCAACAUGAAUUUAGGUAACAAAUGCUUGCAACAAAAAUAGCAACUACUCGUAGGAACGCUAUAGCUAAGUGCCUCGACUAUGUAAUACCCGGUACUUAGGUUCUCAAAGGGUAAGCAAAAUGGCAUGCAUUUCUUUGCUGCAGUGCACUGCAGUGGCGCAAAGUAGACUUUGGCUUACAGCAUCCGACUAUGGACGAGAGGCUACG